CUGCGAGCUCACCGGCCCCUCGGAUCAACUGUUUUGGAUCCGACCCGGCCUCCUGAGAAAGGAACACUUCCCCUCACACAUUCAGAUAUUUAAGAUUUGAUUCUGAGGCGGAUUCUCGCUGAACUGUAUGCAGAGUUGAGCCCCCCCAUCCAGCAGGUGAACCUUUACGCUCGAGCUGACGCUGGAGAUCUGCGCUUGGACAAUGCUUGCAAUUAGUUCUUGGAGUACAUCUGUCAUCACCGUUUCAGCUUUGAAAGAAAGUACGAGUGGAUUUUAACGGAGAAGUCCUCGGAAGCAUCACACAGCGUCGGGUUUUCUUUCUUUCUUUCAAUCUGUGAAAGCUGCGGAGGAGAGCAGCGCUCCGGGGUGGACCUUCUGUUGUUUUGCAAACUCAGUACUCAGUUUCUUUUUUUGAUCUCCAAAGUUCAGAAAAGUGCACCGACACGAGCAAGGACGGGGGCUUAAAUGUUCGGGAUCCAGGAGCAUCUGAUACGAGAAGUGAGCGGAUUAAAGGAGAGGAGUCUUGGAGAGGAGAUGGAUCCAGUCCGGUCCUGGGUGCGUAAUGUCGGCGUCGUGGAUGCGAACGUAGCGGCGCAAAGUGGAGUCGCUCUGUCCAGAGCUCACUUUGAGAAGCAGCCGCCUUCAAACCUCCGCAAGUCCAACUUCUUCCACUUUGUGCUGGCUCUUUACGACCGCCACGGGCAGCCUGUGGAGGUGGAGAGGACGUCGUUUGUGGACUUUGUGGAGCAUGACAAGACGGGAGAAAAGACGAACAACGGCACGCACUACAAGCUGCAGCUCCUCUACAGCAACGGGGUUCGCACAGAGCAGGAUCUUUAUGCACGACUUAUCGACUCCGUCACCAAACAGCCAAUAGCGUAUGAGGGACAAAACAAGAAUCCAGAAAUGUGCAGAGUCCUGCUCACACACGAGGUUAUGUGCAGCCGCUGUUGUGAGAAGAAAAGUUGCGGCAACCGAAACGAGACGCCGUCUGACCCCGUCAUCAUCGACAGGUUUUUCUUGAAGUUUUUCCUGAAGUGUAACCAGAACUGUCUGAAGACGGCGGGAAACCCGAGGGAUAUGAGGAGAUUCCAGGUGGUCCUCUCCAGCACUGUGAGCGUGGACGGCCACGUCCUCGCCGUGUCCGACAACAUGUUCGUCCACAACAACUCCAAACACGGCCGCAGGGCUCGCCGCCUGGAGCCGGGAGAGUCUGCGGAGAACACCAUGGAGUAUGCGACCCCGUGCAUCAAAGCCAUCAGCCCCAGUGAGGGCUGGACCACCGGCGGGGCCAUGGUCAUCGUCAUCGGGGAGAAUUUCUUUGACGGGCUGCAGGUGGUGUUUGGCAGCAUGCUGGUGUGGAGUGAGCUGAUCACACCGCACGCCAUCCGUGUGCAGACACCUCCUCGACACAUCCCCGUGGUGGAGGUCACACUGUCUUAUAAAUCUAAACAAUUCUGCAAGGGAGCGCCAGGACGCUUUAUCUACACAGCACUAAAUGAGCCCACUAUAGAUUACGGUUUCCAGCGCCUUCAAAAGGUCAUUCCCCGACAUCCAGGUGACCCAGAAAAACUCGCCAAGGAGAUCCUCCUGAAGAGAGCAGCAGAUCUUGUCGAGGCUCUGUACGGAAACCCGCACAGCAAUCAGGACAUGCUGCUGAAGCGUGCAGCCGACAUCGCUGAGGCGCUCUACAGCGUUCCUCGUCCUCACAGCCAGCUGCAGGCGCUGCCCAGCUCACCGGCACACGGCAGCGUCAUGGGCCUGGGUUCCUAUCCUUCUCAGUUAGGCGUCAGCCUCGGAGACCCCGGACAGAGCAGCCAGGGUUACAUUAGAAAUUCCAGCAGUUUGUCUCCAAGGGGUUACCCAUCAGCCUCCACUCCUCAGCAUUCGAGCUAUGGGGGCAGUGGAGGGAUGACUGGAGGCUAUGGAACGGUUCCCAUGACCAGCCUGGGAGUACCUGGCUCUCCUGGUUUCAGCAGUGCCUCCCCGACGGGCUCUCCCUACAUUAUGCCCUCCAGCCCCACCAUACCAGGCAGCUCCAGCUCUUCUUCGUCUCUCUUGCCUUUCUCCUCCUUCCCGUCUGCCGCCAAACAGAAGAGUGCUUUUGCUCCGGUGCUCAGGCCCCAGGGCUCCCCCUCCCCUGCCUGCCCCGCCUCAGGGGGGAACAGCUUCAGAGGUAGCCACCCGACUCACUAUCUGACCCCGCUGUCUGAACUCACCAAUGCAGUCUAACCCCUUCUACUAACCACUCCAAAGCUUUGCCUGAACGAGAAAGAAAAAAAACACAGUUGCUGGAUGUACAAUAAUGCAAGAGCUGGUUGAUUAGAAUCAUAGAUUUUUGUAUAUUUUUUUCUCUUCAGCGAUGACGGGCCUGGUUGUUCACCCGAUGUAGCAAAGCACCCGCCUCAGUCUACCCCCCCGACCACUGCUACACUUAGCCCCUCUGUUGGCAUUAAGAGGGCAGGGAGGAUGGAAAAUUGAUCUCUAGCAGCCAUGUUUGAACUUCCUUCCUGAGCAUACCCACUUGGCCAUUUCUUAGCCCCUAUUUUUAUGCAGGUGGAUGAACA